CAGCUAAAUCCUACUAGUCUGCAAAAGUUGUUUCGUGAAGUACGAAUAAUGAAGAUACUGAAUCAUCCCAAUAUUGUUCUUUCACCUACCCCACAGCUUCAGGGCCCUACUUUGUGAUGACAAUUCUUCUGGCUGAGGAGGGCUGGACAGUCUUGUUCCAGAGACAGUUAAUGGUCCUGAAUCGGCCAGAGGGCUUGUUGCAUACAAGUAAAAUUAUUUGAAGUUAUUGAAACUGAAAAGACAUUGUAUUUGGUAAUGGAAUAUGCCAGUGGGGGAGAAGUGUUUGACUACUUAGUUGCACAUGGAAGAAUGAAAGAGAAGGAGGCUCGUGCAAAAUUCAGGCAGAUUGUAUCUGCUGUGCAGUACUGUCAUCAGAAAUGCAUAGUCCAUCGUGAUCUUAAGGCAGAAAACCUUCUACUUGAUGCAGACAUGAACAUUAAAAUUGCAGACUUUGGUUUUAGUAAUGAAUUUACAGUCGGUAAUAAACUGGACACGUUUUGUGGAAGCCCGCCUUAUGCUGCUCCUGAACUUUUCCAAGGAAAGAAAUACGAUGGUCCUGAAGUGGAUGUGUGGAGCCUUGGGGUGAUUUUGUACACACUAGUAAGCGGAUCACUGCCAUUUGAUGGUCAGAAUCUAAAGGAACUGAGGGAGCGAGUACUGAGGGGGAAGUACCGCAUUCCAUUCUAUAUGUCCACAGACUGUGAAAAUCUACUUAAGAAGCUACUAGUACUGAAUCCAAUAAAACGAGGCAGCUUGGAACAAAUUAUGAAGGAUCGGUGGAUGAAUGUUGGCCAUGAAGAAGAAGAACUAAAGCCGUAUACUGAGCCUGAACCAGAUUUUAAUGACACCAAGAGAAUAGACAUUAUGGUCACAAUGGGCUUUUCAAGAGAAGAAAUCCAUGAAUCCUUAGUAAACCAAAAGUACGAUGAAGUUAUGGCUACUUACCUGCUUCUAGGUAGAAAACCACCUGAAUUUGAAGGAGGCGAGUCUUUGUCCAGCAGCAACUUGGGUCAAAGGUCUCGUCCUAGCAGCGACCUCAACAACAGUUCUGUGCAGUCUCCCGCUCACCUGAAGGUCCAGCGGAGUAUAUCAACUAAUCAGAAACAACGGCGGUUCAGUGAUCAUGGUGGGGAUGACAUUCCAACAAUUGGUCCCUCAAUUCCUCCUGCUGUGUCAUACACAAAAAGGGCUCAGGCAAACAGCGUGGAAAGCGAACAGAAAGAAGACUGGGACAAAGAUGUCUCACGCAAACUUAGCAGCACUACAGUGGGAUCCAAAGGAGAGAUGGCUGCAAGUCCACUUGUGGGUCCAGAAAGAAAGAAAUCAACUACAGUUCCCAGUAAUAAUGUAUUUUCUGGUAGCGGAAUGACAAGGAGGAACACUUACGUUUGUGAACGUUCUUCAGAUCGCUAUUCUGCAAUACAGAAUGGGAAGGACAACAGCCUAACAGAAAUGUCUGCGAGUAGCACAUCUUCUGCAGGCUCUACAGUAGCUUCUGCUGUAUCAACACGGCCUCGACAUCAAAAGUCCAUGUCUGCCUCUGGACAUCCUAUAAAAGUUACACUGCCAACCAUCAAAGAUGGCACUGAAGCUUAUCGACCAAGCAGUGCAACUCAAAGAGUGCCUGCUGCUUCCCCAUCUGCUCAUAGUAUUAGCACUACCACUCCAGACCGAACCCGCUUUCCUCGGGGGAGUUCAAGUCGAAGCACUUUCCAUGGUGAGCAGCUAAGGGAGCGGCGUAAUGCCACUUACAAUGGACCGCCCGCCUCACCAUCCCAUGAAACCGGUGCUUUUGCACAUGCUAGAAGAGGGACAUCAACUGGUAUAAUAAGCAAGAUAACUUCCAAGUUUGUUCGCAGGGAUCCAAGUGAAGGCGAAGCCAGUGGCAGAACUGACACCUCAAGGAGUGCUUCUGGGGAGCCAAAAGACAGAGAGAAGGAGGAUAGCAAAGAUUCGAAGCCACGCUCCUUGCGGUUCACGUGGAGCAUGAAGACCACUAGUUCUAUGGACCCGAACGAUAUGAUGAGAGAGAUAAGGAAAGUCUUAGACGCUAAUAACUGUGACUACGAACAAAAAGAGAGGUUUUUACUCUUCUGUGUUCACGGUGAUGCACGACAAGAUAGCCUUGUUCAGUGGGAGAUGGAAGUCUGCAAACUGCCACGAUUGUCGCUCAAUGGAGUUCGUUUCAAGAGAAUAUCUGGGACUUCUAUCGCAUUUAAGAACAUUGCAUCCAAGAUAGCAAACGAGCUUAAGCUGUAAAGAGAACCUAAAUUUUUUGGGAUCAGGGAAGAUUCAUACAUGAUCUACACUUUGAAUGUACUGGUUACGCCUAAUGUGAUUGGCCUGUGAAACUCCCCGUGUAGAAACUGCCCUUAUUGCAAUAAGGUUAUACAUAGUUAUUCAGAAUUGUAAAGUUAAAUCCAGUAUGACCUAUAUUAAAUAACUGUAGCUAAAGAAGUUAUGUUCACAUGUACAGGUAAGUAUAUAGAGCAUUCUGUUCAUUUUAUGUUCAUAGAGUUGUAUAAUAAAAAGAUGACUGCUUAAAUUCAGAUCUUGUAUAGUUGUCUAGAUUUCUGCACAGACAUGUAUGUUUGAUGCUUUCAGUUGGAAAAGUUCUUCCCUAUCAUUUACAUUUUUGGUGGGUUUUAUAAGUCUUACCUCUAUCAUGCGUUUUUUAAAAAACUUGUGUCCUGAGUCAAAUGCACAAAAAUAGUUUUCACAACUGUAGCAUGACCAUUUUUAAUUAUUUAAAGAUUGUUCAUGAUUUGAACCAAAAGUCGAUGAAUAAUAGGCUUUUGUUCUACACGAGACUGUUCCUGCUUAUCUUUGGCUCUUAUCCUUGUUAUUGGACAGUGUUUUGUUGAGACAAAAAAAAAAUACAAACAUGUUUACAGUGUUGGCACUUACAGUUUAAAAACUUUGUUCUGCCUUGGGCCAGCUCAGAGCGGUGGGGGAACAGAAACGAGGCGUAAGUCAUGUUCUGUCUGCAAAUUACAGUGCUUACUCCUGUGGCCCAUUAACAAAUGUAGCACCAAAAUGGAGCACCGUAAUUAUUUCAUUUGAAUAUCAUGGUGUAAAAUAUCACUUGUUUGCUGCCUUCAGAAUACUAUAAAUUCCAUUUUAUGGAAAUAUAUUAAUAUUGGGACUGUUUAAUAGCACAAGGUAAUCUGAAGUGUUGACCAAUUGUAUAAGUUAAUAAUACCACCUCAGGAAUUAGCUUGGCUUUUGGAACAUGUGCCUCCAAAGAGUACAUGCAAUUCCACAUAAUAUUUUACAGCUAAACUUGCAUUGUUUAUAAUGAAAAAUUGUUGAUUUAUGCUUUCGUGGUUGUACAGUUUGUUCCCAUGUAACCUGUUUGUGUUUAAUAUUUUACCAGAUUUCUUGUAUUUAUUCCACAUCAUUAUGCCUGUAAUGUGCAGCUUUGUAAUAAGGCACUUGCCUACAGAAAAGAAAAAAAAAAAAAAGCCCCACCUUUUUUUCCUUCAUAAUUAAUGAUUAUAAACUAUGUAAAACCACUAGUACUGGUACAUUUUAAUACUUGUUAUUUUGUACUGAAUUAACCAUAGAGGUUGGUCGUGCAAUGUUAUUUAAUGUCGUAAUUACUGUAAUAUCAACAUAUGGGCCCCAUCUGCACACUCUUAUGAAGAAUAGAAAGUUCAUUAAGGAAUUGUCACUUUAAAAAAUAAAAAGUAAAAAAAAAAGCUGUGGUAAACUCUGUAACCCUAAGUUAGAAGGCUGUAA